AUGCCGAGGUCAGUGGCGUUGGAUACCAAAACUUAUGCAAAAGCGUUUUCUUCGUGUACUGGCUUUCCGUUAAAGUCUUCCGAGUCGCAAGAAGUGUGUAAAUUGUGUUCGUUGGAGUUAAUUGCUGCCUAUCGGUUCAUCGAAAAGUGCCGUCAAACGCAAGAAACGGUCGAUAAAUGGCAGGAACACUCGGAAAUUGAGCAGGUAGAUGUCAAAGUUGAGAUUGAUGAGGACAUGAAAGACGAAUCUGUGUCGCCUGAGGUACUGAUGAAGGAAGAAAAUGACGAAACUGUCACCGAAAUGGACGAUGACGACGAUUUGAUGAGCGAAACUUCCGUCAAAGAUGAUUCUCCGAUGACAAAAUCCCAUUGUUGUGCAUAUUGCAGCGCCCAUUACUCGAGUUUCCAUUCGUUGCGACGACAUUUGAAGAAAAAACACGCAAAACCGAUCAAUUGUGACAACUGCAACAUAAUUUGCAAGACAUCGAGCGCCAUGGACAACCACAUGCGACAAAUCCAUCCCGAAAUCCCGAUCGAGUUGCCGUGCAACACGUGUUCGCACAUCUUCAAGAGUUAUUCGGAUCGCGAACGAUCGAGUCACAAGUGUUCGCAGCAGUUUUUGUGCGUGACGUGCGAAAAAACUUUCGCCGAUAGACACAAUUUGACGUUGCACGAGUCAAUUCAUCGCGAUGAACGGAGUCACGUGUGUCAUAUUUGUGGCGCAACCUUCAAAACGGGUCCGAAUUUGAGGCAACAUCUUGUGGGACAUCGACAAGACUCGAAUUACGAGUGUCGGAUGUGCGAUAUGGCGUUUAAGCGACGCCUUGGGCUUCAAAUGCACAUGACGAAGAAACAUCCGCAGGAUAAAAUGCCGGCGCGAGGAGAGAUUUUGAACAAAAAUUGCAAGAAACGGUUUUUGGAGCGGAAUUUGAAGAAAGUUGGAAAUGUACGGAACGUAGAUAAGAAAUUUUUGGAAACAAUUGGUGGAUUAGAAUAA